GGAACUCGCGCGAUCGUCAGUGUUCGAUUUGACAGGUAGUGUCGGAAACAUCACACGUGGAAUCGAAGGAAGAGGAGCUGAGCGGCUGAUGAAUUACUGAAAGGAGACAAAUGGAGAAAGAAAACGCAGAAACCGUUUUAGGCCCCGAUGGACAGCCUUUGUCAAAAAAGGCGUUGAAGAAACUCCAGAAAGAUGCGGAGAAAGCGGCUAAGAAAGCCGAACACAAGGCAGCCAACAAACAGGCUCAACCGGACCCCAUGGAAACAGAGGAUGUGUCAAAGGGGAUGUAUGGCAAUAUGCCAAUGAUUCAGUCAGCAAAUAAGCUGGAUACAGAGUUCUUGGAUCUCAAAGACUUAACUCCAGCCCAGGCAGAUAAGAAAGUGUGGGUUAGGGCUCGUUUACAGACAAGCAGAGCUAAAGGGAAACAGUGUUUCAUUGUGCUUCGACAACAGAAAUGGACAGUGCAGGCUUUAGCUGCAGUAGGACAAAACACCAGCAAACAGAUGUUAAAGUUUAUUGCAGGUAUAAACAAAGAAUCCAUUGUUGACGUUGAGGGUUUUGUCCGAAAAGUGGAUCAGAGAGUUGAAUCCUGUACUCAACAGGAUGUGGAAUUACACUGCCACCAGGUGUGGACUGUCAGCUCAGCGGAACCACAGCUGCCUUUACUAAUUGAGGAUGCUUCUCGUGCAGAAACUGACACGAGUUUAGCAAAGGUGAACCAGGAUACCCGACUGGAUCACAGGAUUCUGGACCUACGCACCACGACAAAUCAAGCAAUAUUUAGAAUCACUGCAGGAGUAUGCCGAUUUUUCAGAGAACAUCUGGAUAGUCAAGGCUUUAUAGAAAUUCACUUACCAAAAAUUAUUUCAGCGGCCUCAGAAGGCGGAGCCAACGUGUUCACUGUUUCCUACUUCAAGUCAAAGGCCUUCCUGGCCCAGUCACCACAGCUUUACAAGCAGAUGUGUAUAUGUUCCGACUUUGAUAGAGUCUACACAGUGGGUGCAGUGUUUAGAGCAGAAGACUCCAAUACCCAUCGUCAUCUGACAGAAUUUGUGGGGCUGGAUCUGGAAAUGUCUUUUAAAUUCCACUACCAUGAAGUUCUAAAGGUCAUUGGGGACAUGCUCAUCAAUAUUUUCAAAGGUCUCGGAGAUAAUUUUAAAGAGGAAAUAGAAACUGUGAACAAACAGUAUCCGGCAGAACCAUUCAAGUUUUUGGAGCCCAGUCUGAUUCUUGAGUACCCAGAGGCUGUUAAGAUGCUGAGAGAAAAUGGUGUGGAAAUGGGUGACGAGGAUGAUCUGAGUACUCCAGCAGAAAAACUGCUCGGGCGACUUGUCAAAGCCAAGUAUGACACCGACUUCUACAUCCUGGAUAAGUUCCCAUUGGCUGUUCGACCAUUCUACACCAUGCCUGACCCCAACAACUCGAAAUAUUCCAACUCAUAUGAUAUGUUCAUGAGAGGAGAGGAAAUUCUUUCUGGUGCACAGCGAAUUCAUGACCCAGCUUUCUUAACGAAGAGAGCAAGCGAGCAUGGAGUCAGUCUAGAGACUAUCAAGUCCUACAUUGACUCAUUUAAAUACGGAGCCCCUCCCCAUGCAGGCGGUGGUAUAGGUAUGGAACGAGUAACAAUGUUAUAUCUGGGACUUGACAAUAUCAGGAAAACAUCUCUAUUUCCAAGGGACCCAAAACGACUGACACCAUAAUGUCCUUAGAAUGGAUUCCUACACAAGCAAUGGUGCAGCAUCUAAAGAUUUCAAACAUUUAAUCUGUGUGGCUAUAGUGUCAGUUUUGUAUUAAAUAUGCAGGAAAUGGUUACCAACUCAAAAUUUUCAAGACAUAAUUAGAGUUCUGUGUUGAGUAUUUCAAAACUGUUACUACAAGGACUUCAGUAGCAUAUUGGACAAGUCUCAUUUUUGAUGCAUUUGUCACAAUUUAUGUUAACAGCUUAAUUCUGUACUAUGUACACUUACUGUGCUAAAUUAUCAAUGUAUUGCAAUAUUUUGAAAUACAAUAGUAAUCUCACCUUUGCCAAAGGCUUAUAAUCAUAUAUAUCUGAACCAACAAAAUGAAUUUUAAAUGCAAAAAGGUCAAAUGGGUGCACUUAAUUAUGAAAAUGAAGAUUUAAAACGAUCUUCUUUCUUCAUCUCCUGUGAUUCCACUAUAUCUCAACUGUCAUUUUACACAAUUGUAAAAAUUAAAAAUUUUAUUUAUA